GCGUAAGUGACGGAGGAAAAUGGCGUCGUCCAUGAAUGGGAUGUUUCCAGGCCAGCAGCCACCCGGUGCUCAUUCAGUAGGAGGACCUCCUGGUCCGGCUCAGCCUGGCUUUCCUGGUAGCGCUCCCCGGGCUCAGGGAACCAGUACCCUGGUGGACGAGCUGGAGGCAUCCUUCGAGGCCUGCUUCUCAUCAUUAGUAAGUCAAGACUAUGUCAAUGGAACGGAUCAGGAGGAGAUUCGAACAGGUGUGGACCAGUGCAUCCAAAAGUUCCUGGAUGUGGCUCGACAAACGGAGUGCUUCUUCUUACAGAAGAGGCUGCAGCUCUCUGUGCAGAAACCAGAGCAGGUGUUAAAAGAGGAUCUAUCAGACCUGCGAAAUGAACUACAGAGGAAAGAAGCACUGGUUCAAAAGCAUUUGAGCAAGCUGCAGCACUGGCAACAAGUACUGGAGGAUGUGAGUGGUCAGCCUCGUAAAGCCACUGACCUUCCGCCUCCGGGGCCGCUGGCCUUUCUGGAACAGGCCUCAGCUAGUUUGCCUCCUGCUCCUUUAAAACCGAGCUAAAGACUGAUUCAUGUUCAGAUCUGUACAAGCUGCCCUGCUUGCUGUGUGCAGGAAAAUGGUCACAUCGGGCAUUAGCUGGCAUUGGUGGGGGCGUGCAGGAGGUAGAGCUGUAUAUUUGGACUGACUGCAUCUGCAUGGGAAAAUACAUGCAGAUACUAUAGACUGUGUACAAAGCUAAUUGUAGACAAGUACAAGAUGCUUUUCACAUCUUUUUUUUUCUAGUUUUUGAUGGAUGUAAAUAUUUUUUUUCAUGCGAGAAUAAAAUGUGCAUUUUCAAUAUCUGAAAGGAUAUUUUCUUUUGAGUGUGUUGGAAAAAUGUUAAUGUCCUAACCGAGUUCACCAGACAUUCAGGGAGUGUCAUUCUCCGUCUGGGUCCACUCUCCUCUUCUGCAGAAAAGUGUCUUGUGUUGGUUUAUUUCUAGGACAAUUAAGGGGUUAUUAUCAGUAACCCUAUCAAAAUCUGUUUCCACCACAUGGCCAUAGAUUGAGUUCCAGAAGGAUUUUUGCUGACCAUGUUGGUAGCUGCAAAUUUCAUUUAAAGGGCAACG